AUGUACGCUGCUGUGGGGGGACAUGUCGAGGCAGUUAAGCUUUUGCUUUCUACUGGUCGGGUGCAGGCUGAUCGAGACUUGACAAAGAAGAAUUCGUUGACUUUUGCACCGCCGGAGUUGAAUGAGGAUGUUGUUAGGGUGUUGGAUGAUUAUAAGAGCCGGCGUCGCGAUGGUGCCUUGGUGGAUUCUUGA